UCGUCUUUAAGCAAAUGUAAAGAAGAUGAUGCGUCAUUUGUGACCCUGUAUGACGAGGGGGACGCCACGUUUCUGAACAGAUAUCUGGCUGACAAAGUUAAACAUGAAAGUGUCUGGCUCGGUCUGAAAAGGAGUCGAGAGAUAGUCACCACAUGGUCGAACGGCGACUCUUGUACAUUCCUUUUAUCAGAUGUGACUGGAAAACCCGGGGAGCAAAUUUGUGGAGCUAUCACAAAUAACGAAUUGAAGGGUUCUAAGUGUAACAACAGAUAUGCAUUCAUGUGCUACAAGGGAAACAAAUACCACCUGAUUGAACAUGAGUCAAAGAACUGGUGUCAGGCACAGCAGUACUGCAGAAGACACUUCAGUGACUUAGUCAGCAUCUGUGAUGAUGAGCAAAACCAACAAGUUCUCGAAAAAGGAAAGAACAAAACCUUUUGGAUUGGACUCAUGCACGAUGAAUGGGAGUGGAUGGACAAGAGCUGCUCGACGUACAGAACGUGGGGAAACAUAGAUAUGGUAUCAUCAGAGAGGUGUACAGCUAAGAUAUUCUCUUCCAGCUCAUUGUAUGCAAUGAGUUGUUCCAAUAGUGCAAAAACACUUUGCUACAAAGGCAAAGUGAGAAUCGUAGUCAUCAUGAUGAAUUAUACUUGGGAACAAGCUGUGGAUUACUGUGACGCAAAUCACUCUGGCCUGCUGAGGAUUGAGGAUGACGAAGAUCAGAAGGCUGUUGCUGAACGCUUAAAACACACCACCGUCAACGGUCCUUUCUGGAUCGGUCUGAGGCAGAGUCGUGUCUUUGGGUUCUGGAUUUGGAGCGACAGGGCGGUGACCUACAGCAACUGGGAGAACAACCAGCAGCCGGAGAUGCCCCUGUCUGAAAACUGUGGGGUCAUCAACAAGACGAACUACAGGUGGAGGGAUGAAAACUGUUCGCAUGAGCAUCCAUUUCUUUGUGAGGAGGAGAUUUCAUUCAUGAAUUAA